ACGACCGCAUCGCGCUGUAACAGUAACACUUUAAAGCAAGUUUGGUAAUGAUAGUUCAUUUGUUCAUAAGUUAAUACCAUCUUAAUAAUGCCUACGCGUGUCGACCAACAAGACAGUGAAGCAAAACCUGCCGAUGCUAUUGAAAAAACCAUGAGUGCAGGUCAUGAAUAUGAAGAAGUACUUGAAUUGAUCGGAUUUGGGCGUGUGCAGUGGACUAUUCUGGUUGCAUCAGGUCUAUUACUAAUGAUGGUAAUAAAUGAGACAAUGGGUAUGUCAUAUAUUACAAUUGUAUCUCAGUGUGAAUUCGGAACAAAUUCAGUGGACAAGUCCAUCAUGAGUGCAGCGAGUUUUAUCGGAAUAUUUUGCUCUUCAUAUUUCUGGGGUUAUCUUAGUGAUUCAAUUGGACGUAAGCCAGUAUUAAUAUAUACCACAUUUGUUGGAAAUCUCCUGUCGUUAAUUUCAAUAUUAAUUCAGAAUUUCUGGAUUUAUGUGGUUGCACGAUUUUUAGUCGGAUUUUUUAUAGCAGGUGCAUCUUCCACUACAUAUGCAUAUCUUGGGGAAUUUUUUACCGUACGUCAUCGACCGAUAGUAAUAAAUUAUGCAAGUUUUUUUGUCGGCAUAUCUACAAUUUAUGUACCUGCUGUAGCGUGGCUUGUAAUGUCAAUGAACUGGAGUGUAGGUCUCACUGAAAGUUUUUCAUUCCGUCCUUGGCGAUUGUUGACAGUGUUUUAUCUACUUCCUGGAGUGGUAGGAACGAUAAUAUUGUUUAAAAUGCCUGACAGUCCUAAAAUUUUAUUAUCGAUUGGAAAAAUUGAUGAUGCGUUUGCCGCAGUAGAGUGGAUCGCUUUACAAAAUGUUGGCAAACGUCUUCAAGAAUUGAAUGUUGAUAAAAUAAAAUAUGAUGUAUUCACUGACAGAGAAAAUGUACCGAGUGUUUCCUACUCACCAAUGGUCUCUUUCAAAAAAAUGUGGCAAGAAACCGUACCACUACUAAGAAGCCCGCAUUUAAGAAACUUUAGCAUAAGCUGUACUGUUAUGUGUGGUCUCUUCUUUAGUUCAUCGGGUAUGGGCUUGUGGUAUCCAGAAAUACUAAAUCGUUUGGGAUCGUCUAUUGCUGACGACGCUAUGACCGUUUGUGAUGUCAUCGAUGCUUCAGUUAAUCAGUCAAAACUAAACCAAACAACAACUAUUUGCGUUGAUGAAAUAAAUACUAAGAGCUAUAUUGAUACGAUUACCUACGGUACAGCCUUAACUAUGGGAUAUAUUUUAAUGGGCUUUGUUAUUAAUCAGAUUGGGCGCAAAGCAGCAAUUACAAUGGGUUUGGCAAUAGCUGCUGGUUGUGCAAUUUCAUUAGUGUGGAUAAAAAACGAAGUUAUCAUUAUAAUUUGCUUUUGCUUGUACCUGGUAUUACCAGGCUUGUGUGUAUCGGUUUUAAGUGGUGCCGUGGUAGAUCUAGUCCCCACAAAAUUAAGAGGCAAAGCGGUUUGCAUCUGCUUGAUGCUGGGGCGCAUGGGAAGCGUUUUUGGCAGCAACAUCAUUGGAAUUCUUCUCGAGACGUACUGCCAUGUAACAUUCGAAGUAUUUUCUGGAUUUAUUUUGGUCUGUGCAUUUUUGUCCUAUCUCUUACCAAUGUAAAGGAUAACACGGUUAUUAAAUCAGAACUUAGCAUACGAAGAUUUCCUGAUGGAUUUAAAGAAUAAAUUAUUUAUAAGAUGUAUCGUUUGUAAGAAAUAAAAUGUAGAAAAAUGGUGCGUGGAAUUCCCUUACUUUAGUAUGACCAAAGGGUUUCGAAAUGGCAAUAAAUGAAAUACUGGUAAAUAAUAUUAA